UCCAUAGCAACUGACAACAUUAGCUAAGCGAGCGUUGAUUUGUUUUACGUUAGCUGUUACUUUGACAGAAAUGAACUACGUUAGUUUGUUAUAUUUAUGUUCUAGCCGUAUUUAGAGCCUCUUUCAAUAGCACAACUAAUUUGUAAUACUGUAGACAAGCUGGUUUUCUAACAUUAGCGUUUCUAGUUAACUUCGUGUUUUCUUUUCAGACAGCUAACGCUAGCUAGCAUAACUAACGUCAGUGGCUAGUUAGCGUUAACGUUAACUCCAAAAUAAGACAGUCACCGUAAUAUGUCCUCCACUGGCAGUAAAGCGGAUGUUUUACAGCAAGUCAACCAGUUUUGGUCCAUCCUGGACGAUCUUUCUCAAAAUGACCCCACGGCCUACCGCAAGUUGAUUGAGAAACAGAUGAAGGAAGGAGCUGGAUUCAGUGCUCCGCCUGAACUCGACUCUUGUUUGCGCACCGAAAUAGUGGAGCCCAAGAAAGGGUCACUGUAUAUCAACAUAUGCAGCUGGAAACGUGUGCCUGCACCUCAGGAUCCCAGCGUGCCUUUACCUCUGUGUGCAGGAAAACUGGAAACAGACACAAAUGAAGGUCAAGGUGGGUACACGGUGUUGGACGUAGCAUUUAACCCUGAAGUGCUACAGGAAAGUAAGAAAAACAAAACAGAAUUGUAUAUACUGGCCCUGAGUUUUGCCCGGCAGCAGUAUGGGAUGAGGUUAAUUCAGCAGUACACGGUCGUCAGCUGCAGCCCAAAAAGUAGCCCAGAUGACUUGCACCGCCGGCUUGGGUUUCGGCACCCGUCCAGACAACCAAACACAGCCAGUCAGACCCCAGCUGAUCUUCUGCAGCAGAUCUCCUCUCUACGCUCAGAGAAACAACACAAGGACCCAGCAGCACAAAUUAUCUGCAGAAGUGCAGAGAACAAAAAGAAGGAUUUGAUCCAGGUCAUCUCCAGUAAAUCUGUGCAGCCUCAGAAGCCAGAGUACAAACUCGAGGUGAAAACUGAUAACGAAGGAGUUGCUCGCAGCAUGGAGCUGACAGUGGAGCUGCCAAAGGUUUGCUCCAUGUCAGAGUGCCAGCUGAGAAUCUCCAAGGACGACGUCUUACUGGAAGUGGAGGAUGUCUACUAUUUGCUUUUAGAAUUCUCCAAAACUGUGAUUGAAGACACUGCAUCUGCAAUUUUCAACAAGAAGAAACGAAUACUUACUUUGAGAGUGGAUGUGGAUGUUUUCUGACCAUUUGAUUUAAGAUAUACUCUGAAAUGGUGUGUGUGUGUGUGUGUGUGUGUGUGUGUGUGACAAACCCUCUGUCCUGUCUGCACUGGCUGUCCAAAGUGUGUAGUCAGUCCAUGUGACUGGACAUGCCCUGCAAACAAACAAACAACAGCUCCCCUGUAAACUGAUCUGCUCCCAAAUCCAAAAUGAUGUUUUUACUGAAGCAAAUAUUUCACUGUCCCUUUGUGCUGUGUGGGUUGAUCUGCAGCAGCAAAUAUAAUUCUUACCCCCCCAAAAAAAUUAAUUAACUUUAAUAACAAUCUGUGGGUUUUGUUUAUUAAUGUGUGGGUGUGUGAGGAUAGGUGUAUAAUGGGUAGGAGCUGGUGUACAGUGUCAUUACUAUACUCCGGGGGAAUAAUUCACAACAAAAUGAUCCAUGCAAUAAUUCAUAUUUAUUAAAACAUUAAAAUUGAUGCAGAACAACAACAUGUAUUUGGCAAUCUGGAACAUGUGAACAAUGUCAGUAAACAUUUAUUUUAAGGUUUGCAUACUAUGCACUGAUUACAGCUUUUUAGAGCACAGCUUAUUAUGUUUUAUUUAUUGGAAAUCACAUUAACUUGCUUUCAUAUUUCAUAUUUCAAGUAUCAUAAUACUGACCAUUAACUGCUAGUCUCACAUAUUCAUUAAUUUAUGAGCUGCAAACAAUGUAUAAUAUCCAU